AUUGCGCAAUAUUUACUUCCGGAAAAUCUAUGAAGAAAACCGCGGGAAACUGCAGCUGUCACACCAAGAAAGAUAUCACCCAGCCUCUGUAAUCAUUUUCAUUAUGGAAGUCAUUGAGAACGAUAUCGCUGUGGAGUGGGGCGUUGCCGCGGACAACCCGUUUAAGCCCAGGGAAGGCCAAUGUUGUUGUGUGUGUGGCUCCAAACUUUACGUUUAUGGAGGUGUCAUACAGACCAAUGAUGCCGAGAUGACAGAAACGAAGGAAAUGUUAAAUUUCGAUGCAGAAACAAUGGUUUGGCAGAAAGUUGCAUAUAAAAAUGAAGCCCCUCCACCAAGAUCAGCAGCGGCACUGUCCUGUGUUGGGAACAAGUUGUAUAUGUUCGGAGGUCUGAAUCAGACGUGUGGAUGGCUGGGGGAUUUUCAUGUGUUUGAUACAGAAACUCGGACAUGGUCAAGCGUCCAAGCAGCCGAUGGUCCUUGUCCAAGAGACAAGUUACAGUCUGUUGCCAUAGGAACAAAAAUUUAUUUUUUUGGAGGAUUUGGACCCAAGGCAACUUUAGCUAUGGAAGAUGAUGGUGAUGAAGAAUAUGAAGAUGAAGAGGAUGAUGAGCUUCCUGGAGAUCAGGAAGCUGCAGAAUUUGGCUGGUUCAAUGACCUAUAUGUCUUUGAUACAGUAACCAACAAAUGGUCACAGCCACUACAGAUGAAUCUAGGAGUGCCAAGUCCUCGGGCUGCUCAUGGUCUCUGUGCGGUUGGUAAAAGUCUGGUAAUCAUGGGAGGACGAGACACAGAGGACAGACAGAAUGACAUCCACAUUUUUGACACAGAAACAAGGAAGUGGGAUAUGGAUAUUAAUUGCAAAGGGAGACCACCCAGUCCAAGAUCAUUUCAUACAAUUUCUGCUGUUGGAGACAGAGUUGUAGUGUUAGGAGGAAGAGGAAAAGACAACCAGCACUUUGAUGAUGUCAGCAUAUUUUCCCUGGAUACCAAGGAGUGGUACCAGGCAACAGUGAAAGGCAAGGUUCCCAGUGGUCGGGGGCAGCAGUCUGUGGGUGUCAUUGGUGACAAACUUAUCAUGUUUGGAGGCACCAGUAACUUCAGUGCAGAGAUUAUGCAGUGUCAGGCGACUCACAAUGACACAGUGCUACUUCGGACAGAAGACAUCUUAGGAGGUGGACCAACAGGGAAGAAGCCUAAUGGACAUGCAGAAGCUAGCUGAUGAUGACUAUCGCUAUAAGGGAAUGACAUUUUUAUCUUAAAUAAAAUCUUUGGGUAAAUGUGAGCAGAGUGAAUAAUUCUGUUAUACAUUGACAGAGCACAGUAGAAGCCGUCUUUCAUCUGAACUGUGACAUUUUAAACUUUCCGUGACAACAUAUUAUUACAAAAGUGAGGGAAUUUCAAGACAGUUCCAGCUGUUUGUGUCGAUACUCAACGACAAUAUUUCUAUUUCUAUAACAGCCUGGGCUGAUGAUAGGUGUGAAAGAUGCCCACUGUGAAAUAUCCAGGGUUCAUAUUUAUGAUGUAUAUGAAAUACAUGCAUGCACAGUAAAUGACAUUACUUGACCAAACCUGUGUUAUCUUUUUAGU